ACAGAGUUCCCGUCGGACCCGCGUUGAUGGAGCAGUUCGUGAUGGGUUCGAAGUCACGACGUCGCUCCGGCUCCAAGUCCAGAAGUCGGAGUCGGGAUCGGCGGAACAGAUCCAGAGUGAGCAGGUCUCGGUCUCCGGAGGAAAGGAGGGACCGCAGCCGGUCUUUGGAUCCGAAGAGAACCGGCCGUGGACGGGGACGAUCGGGCAGCAGCUCCCCGGACCGACGUCGGCCUCCACACAGGGACCGUGCGGGAUCCAGGAGCGACUCUGAGAGCGAGAUGAGGCGAGGGCCGAACCGGGCCAGCAGCAAGGCGAGGGCCCGUUCGUCGAGUUCUGAAUCAGGUGAUCCCAAAGGGAGGAGACAGAGAAAGGAAAUGGAGAACCGAAGAGGAACAUCUCGAGAUAGGAGGAGGGAAAAGUCCCAGUCCAGAUCUGACUCCCAUGAUGGAAGCAGCGACACAGAAAGGAGAAGGCGAAGAAGCCCUGACAGAGGGAGUCCAACCAGAGACAGACCGGGGAGGGAACGAGACAGAGAUGGAGAGAGGUGGAAGAGCAGCAGCAGAGACAUGGGGAAAAAAGGAAGCAGGGACAAAAGCCUAGAGCACAAGAAGAGGAGUGAAGACCGGGAGCAAGGGAGGAGCGAGAGAAGCGGAGAGAGGGCCGACAGAGAUAGAGGGAGGCAGCGCUCCAGCUCACCCGAGUCGUCUGAUAGCUCAGGGUCUGACCAUGGGGGCCGUGUGGUCAGAGAAAAGGAGGACAAGAAAAAACAGAGGGAGAUGUUGAAAGCGCUGGAGACACCGGAGGAGAAGAGGGCCAGGAGACUGGCGAAGAAGGAGACAAAGGAGAAGAAAAGGAGAGAGAAGAUGGGCUGGAGUGAAGAGUACAUGGGAUACACCAACGCAGACAAUCCCUUUGGUGACAACAACUUAUUGGGCACAUUCAAAUGGCAGAAGGCGUUGGAUAAGAAAGGCAUCGGCCAUCUGGGAGAAAAAGAUCUUAAAGACAGGAACAAAUGUAUUCAAGAGGAGAAUCGCAGAGAGCUGCAGAAGGUAAAACAGUUGCGUCUGGAGAGGGAGCGGGAAAAGGCCAUGAGAGAGACGGAGCUGGAGAUGCUUCAGAGAGAAAAGGAGGCAGAGCAUUUCAAGACCUGGGCUGAACAGGAGGACAACUUCCAUCUGCAUCAGGCCAAACUGAGGUCAAAGAUCCGAAUCCGUGAUGGUCGAGCCAAGCCUAUUGACCUGCUGGCGAAGUACAUCAGUGCAGAAGAUGACGAUCUAGCUGUAGAAAUGCACGAGCCGUAUACCUUUCUCAACGGGCUGACGGUCACCGACAUGGACGACCUGCUGGAAGACAUUAAGGUGUACAUGGAGUUGGAGCAAGGGAAGAACGUGGACUUCUGGAGAGACAUGACGACCAUCACUGAGGACGAGAUCAGCAAACUGAGAAAACUGGAGGCUUCUGGGAAAGGGCCAGGUGAUCGUCGUGAGGGCAUCAACACAGCUGUGAGCAUUGAUGUGCAGACAGUGUUCAAAGGAAAGACAUACAGCCAGCUGCAGGCGCUGCACCUCAACAUUGAGACAAAGAUUCGGGCCGGAGGAUCCAAUCUUGAUAUCGGUUACUGGGAGAGUCUGCUGCAGCAAGUUAGAGUCUACAUGGGCAGGGCAAGGUUGAGAGAGAGACAUCAAGAUGUGCUGCGUCAGAAGCUGUUCAAGCUGAAACAGGAACAAGGAGUGGAAAGUGAACCUUUGUUCCCCAUCAUCAAAGAGGAGCAGAGGAGUGAGGAUGACGAGGAGACCACAAGAAAUAAGAACAGAGAAACCGAAGAGGAGGGGGCAGGACCAUCAACAUCCACAGCGGGAAACCAAGACGAGGACGGAGGAGACAACGGUGACAAGAAGAACGAAGAGAAAGGAGGCGAGGUGGUGGAGGCUGUGCUGACGGAGGAGGAUCUGAUCCAGCAGAGUCAGGCGGAGUACGACUCUGGUCGCUACAGCCCAACGCUGCUCACAUCCUCCGAGCUACCGCUGGAAACGCACACGAUCACACCGGAAGAGGACACGCACAGGCUGCAGUUGGCACGCACACAGCUACAAGUCACAGGAGAUGCCAGCGAGAGCGCCGAGGACGCCUUCGUACGUCGCGCCAAAGAGGGCAUGGGCAACGACGAGGCCCAGUUCAGCGUGGAGUUACCCGUCACUGGGAAGAUGUACCUAUGGGCGGACAAGUACCGUCCCAGGAAACCCCGCUUCUUCAACAGGGUCCACACGGGCUUCGAGUGGAACAAAUACAAUCAGACCCAUUACGACUUCGACAACCCUCCACCCAAGAUUGUCCAGGGUUACAAGUUCAACAUCUUCUACCCGGACCUGAUCGACAAGCGCUCCACCCCGCAGUACUUCCUCGAGCCCAGUCUCGACAACAAGGACUUCGGGAUCUUGAGGUUCCACGCUGGCCCUCCGUACGAGGACAUUGCAUUUAAGAUUGUAAACAGGGAGUGGGAGUACUCCCACCGACAUGGCUUCCGCUGUCAGUUCGCCAACGGUAUCUUCCAGCUGUGGUUCCACUUCAAGAGGUACCGCUACAGGAGAUAGAGGCCCCGGACCAGGAUGGACCAAAACCGCAGUAGGAGGGUUUUAACCAUACAUUAUAUGGCCUGUACAGUCAAUGUACUUUGUUCUAUUGUUUUUAGCUGCUUUAACAGCAAAAUGCAGUUUGUUAAAGCCAGAAAUAGUUCUGUACUGUUGUCUGAAGAAGUAAUUUGUAAUGUAGUCUGAAAGUUACACAUUAAAGAUUUUUUCCCCCCUUUUUACUCUUUGCAAAUUUCCACUGGUUGAUGUAUUUUUGUUGUGGACACCAAUUUAAAUACAUGUCAUUUUAGA